UUCUCAGCUGUCAGAAAAGAUGGGAUCUAAAUUUAGAGAAAGACAAAGGGUUGAAAUAAGUGGAAGGCUGAGACCUAGAAGAACCAGGAUAGAGCAUGAGCUGGAGACUGCCAGUGGGCUUUACAUCUGAAAUAUGCAAUAAGGACCAAAACGUAGCAAAGAAAACUAUGGGUGAGACAGUAAAAAAGGUUGCAUGACAAAAACAUGCCAACGUAUUAAUGCAAAGUAAUAACAGAUAAAAAUCAACUAAAAUGGGUGCUCAAACUUAAUAAAGGUCAAGGAUAUCAAAUCAGCCAUGGUCAUUUCAUGAUGAAAGACUACUAAGGGCUGCCUUCAAAUUGCUACUUCUUGAGCAGUUCUGAGGAGACAAAAAUUAUCAGGAGAUAGCAGAUUAACGUGGGUUCUCUUGAUAAUAAAUGCUUGUUGCUUUUUAAUUCUAACAUUUCUAUCAAGUAGACUGUGAUAAUAAACUGUCCUGUACUUCCCCCCUCAUGAAACCUCAUAAACCUAUGCAAAAAAAUCUGUUUUAAUUUGAUUUUAUGUUUUUAACGAAUGUAUAUUUGUUAGAAUACAGCUGUUCUUGUGCAGGUGGUGGUUGUUUAUAACUCAUCCUUAAAAAAACCAUAGGGCCAAGUUAUGAAUGUUAUUGAAUGAUUUAGGUCGGUGAGAAUUGCUGAUAUUUACAGUGCGCAGAGUAACUAUUCAAUACCCCUUUUAUGUUUUUGAUGUCUCUGAAUAUCAGAGGAGACUCAAAGUUGGUAUACAUCAGUGCAGUUCCCACUAAAUUAAGAGAGAGUUCCUCUGUUUAUUCAGUCUCUAAGCCUGAUCUGAGGAAGAGGUAAUUCAUUUUCAUAAGUAACCCUUUUGAUCUUUUAACCUUAUGGCUUACUAUAUACAGACCUGCAGGCAAUGAAAGCUCCUGCUACAGUGGUCUUCAGAGUCAAGAGAAGUUCAGCUGAUUCCUCUCAGCCAAUACUACAAGGGCAGGAAGAUUCUAAGAUCAGAGGCGUCAAAAACAUAGGAAUUAUUUCAACUCCAAUAGUAUGGCCUGUGAAGCAGAGGCCUCUUCAUGCCAGUAAAUCUGCAUCAAUUGAACAAAGUCCAGAGAGAAAAAAUGCACCCAAUUAUUUUAUCCCAACAACACCAGAGGUCACAUCAUCUGCUCCUGAGGAGCAGUCGAUAUCUCAAGUGAAUAUCUUGGGUCCUUUUACAGAACAAGUAAACAUAGACGAUAAUUCUUCCUUGAAGUACUCCAUCUUUAAUAACGUUUCAGGGCAUUCUAAAAGUUUGCUAAUUGAGAGUAGUAACCAAAGAGAAAUACCAACUAUCCCUCUUGAUCAUAUCAGGAACAUGGUACUUCCUCUUCAACAGAGUGAAAGUGUUGACAGAGAGCCAAUAUGGACUUGGACACCUCAGUUAGAAGAUCCCAAAUCAGAUUCUUUAUUUCCUUCUCUGAGCAAGAGUAUCUUUCAUCAACCCACAGAGGAUACUCAGUGGUUGUUAUCAACAAAUAGUUACACAUUCUCUUCUGCUUAUAAAUAUGCUUACAAUUUCUUACAGUCUUUGAGUGAAGUUGCAACAUACAAUCAAGCUGUUUCUGAUAUUUCAGAAGAAAUGCUUCCAUCUCUUUCUGUCCAGUCUUCUUAUACACACCGUAUGCAAUUAUUUCAAGAAACAAAGGUAGACUUACUAGAAAAAAGGUCACUUGGAAAUGUCUACCUGGAGCCCACAAAGAGAAUUCUACAAGAGGAUUCUAUUAGAAAUGGGUUUUAUAUUUUUGGUGAACUACAGCCUACAAAAUUUAAUUACAUCAAAGACUAUAAUUCAGUACAUUUUAAAAAACAAGUUUUUAAACAGAGUGCAAAUCCCUCUGGCUCCUUACAAAACAUGAAAGCCUGGUUUCCAGAUGUUGUGCCCAUAAUUCAGCCAACAGAAGUUUUCCUGCCAGCAGAAUACAGUACAGAAUUGCAAAGUUUAUCAGCUGUUUUACCAAAAAGAGACACACACUCAGAAAUUCAACAGACUGUUUUUGUUUCAUCGUUGUAUCAUGGAACUUUCAACACUGCUUCUUUAAAAGGUGGCUUAUUUAGACCUCUAACUGAAGAGGAGGUGGUAGAGGCCUCUUCUCCAGAAGAUGAAUUUGAACUCCCAGAUACAUUUCUUGCUUAUACCAACUCCAUGUCUCUUUCCUUAAUUUCCUUGGAAAAUAAGCUUCCAGGAUCUGGACACGUAGAAAACAGUGAACCUGAUAAACCACAUAAUGACAUGACUCUUCCCACAAUUGAUUCUAAACGGAUGGAUAAAAUCAGUAAGUCCUGGAAGCCUGGUGACUUGAGUCGUCCAAUACAAUAUGUAGAUAAUUGGAUUUUGGGAAAAGAUCCUCUAGUGCCUUCUGAGGACUCUACAGAAAGGUGGCAGCUCUUCUUCAGCCAGUCAGUUUCUUCCCUAACAGAAGGAGUGUUACUGCCUGCCACAGAAACAGAUGACAUCACCAUGCAAACUACCCCUAAUAAUAGCACAGUGGACCAUGGAACUGAACAAAUAAACACUUCUGCUUCUGUGUCAGAAAAGAAUAGAGAGAAGCAUAGUUCAGUUGUUCCGAUACUCUCGUCAAGGAUUUCAGAAAGUAUGGAAAGAACAUUUCCACUGGAAACAAAAAGAGACCUUCCUCUUAACAUAAGUGUGUCCAUGAACGAUGAAUCUCCACUUUAUUUUCCUUUGACUUCAUUAGAAAUACCUGUGAUUCAGCCUUCCAUGCAUUUGCAAAUAAGUACUUCUGAUAUGCUGUAUGUAAAGUUGAAAAGUACUGCUGUAUUAGCCACACAGCAAAUUUUGGAUAAAACACAAGCUGGCUAUAUAAUAAAUGCAUUCCCUUAUCAUACUGAUCUAUUAAAACAAACUUUUAUGCCUCCAUGUACAGAAAGUGCCUGUACAGUUUCAGCACAGAGUCUAAUAAAUGUGCAGUUUGGUAGCCACUCAGCAGCACUGAUGGUGUCAACACCUUUAAUCUCACGAAGUCUUCUAAGUGACCUUGGUCAAAAGUCUCCUGAUUUGGGCUAUUCAUGGAAUGAAGUCCUAAACGUACAAACAAGCCCACUGAAUGAAAGCUAUAUAACUGUCAAUGAAAAACAACCUUUGGAAGAUUCAGAAAACAACCAUACCCCUUCGCUUCAGCUAGAAAAUGUUGAUAUAUUUGUUGGUGAUGUGGAUCAUGAAAGUAUUAAGCCUAAUAUAGAAGCUACCAUUUCAGGAGAGGAAUCAGUUUGGAAGAUGCAUCUCUUUAGCAAGCAUACCUAUAGUUCUGCAAACAAAGUAUUGCCCUCCUUCAAUCCUAGUAACAAUUAUGCUACUGAUUUGUACAUUUGGACAAUUUCCAGAUCUUUUGAAAGCUUCCUGGAUUAUGAUAAAACAACCUACCAUUCCUUUUUGGAACCAACAAUUUCACUGGUAACAGAUGUGAUAGCAGAGUCACCUCCAUUUCUUGAAUCCAUUAUUCAUUUUAAUGAAAGUACCUUAAACAGCACAAAUGUAACAAUUGGAAUGACACUCCUUCAUAAUUUGCAAACCCAAGGCUCGGUGGAAAAGGUGACUCAAGAAUUUUUUUUGUCCAAUGUGACAUCUAAAGCAAACCAAAGUAUUGUAGCCCACACAACACUGAAUCCUAGCACCAGCUCUCCCAAAUCUUUGUUGUCUUGUUUUUUAUGCAACAUCUUCAUUGACCGGGACUGCCCAUGUGGACCUGAGGUCAAGCACAGGGGACUGUUCUACAGAAUUGCCAUUACUGUCUAUACUUCCAACCUUGAAUCAGAGUCAAGUGUUCAGAAUGCAGUUGCAGAAUGGCUAAAUCGCACCUUUCAGAAUUGGAAUUACACUGUAUAUGUGGUCAAUAUAAGCGUUCAGCUGAGUACUGUGAAAGAAGGAGUAAGGGAAAAGAGAAGCACAAAUGAUCAAAGUUUUGAUGUCCGGGCUCUUCUGGUUUACAAUUCUUCCAGCAAUGUAAGUUUAGAAAAGCAUAUGAUAGAGAAGAAACUCAAAAGCAGCAAUGAGACUAUGGGAAAUGGCUUGAAACUUGAUAAAGUGGAUGUUAAUCCAAUUGAAAAAUGCGAGAGGGAAGAAUACCCGCUAAAUUACUUGUGGACAGAAACCAGACCAACAGUGACUGACUUCACACCAUGCCAAGGCAGCUCUACUCAGAAUGCAUCAAGAACAUGCUUUCUAAAUCUAGGUAAUUACACAUCAUAUUGGGGUGCUCCUGACCUUAGAAACUGCACAGAUAAUGCAGCUGAUAUAGCCAAUCAGCUUCUGAAUCUGACAGGAGAAGGGCAGCAGUUGACUUCAGACAAAGUCAAUGAUGUCAUCCAGAAGCUAAAAAAAAUUGUGAAUGAUGAAGAAAUCAAUGAAUCCCUGGGUUCUACUGUGGUCACAAUAUUUUCUAAUAUCCUGACCAGUUCUGAUAGUGUUUUGGCAGCAUCGUCUUCUGAAGCUAUAAAGACAAUUGAUGCCUUAGCACUGAAGAUUCAGUUUGCAGGGCCUUCCAUGAGCAUCUCAACACGGAACUUGGCACUUGGUGUUUCAUCUUUGAAUUCAACUUCAUUCAAUGGCUCCUCUUUCAGUGUUGGCCCCCAAAACAAUGCUUCAGACUUUCAGAUUGGUUUUGACAAAAGUCAAGAUAAUUCCCUGGCUUCAGUUGCUUUACCUCCAAGCUUACUAACCCAGUUAAGUCCAGAAGAACUUGAAGCUGUAUCCAGAGCUCAGUUUACUUUUUUCAAUAAAAAUGGACUCUUCCAGGAUGCAGAAGCUCACACCAACUUAACCAGUUAUGUGGUGGCAUGCAGUAUUGGCAAUAGUACCAUCCGUGAUCUUCAGGAUUCUGUGAAGAUUACAAUUAAGCACACAGUAAAGCAGGAUAAAAUCCAGAAGGCUCCUAAACCCACCUGUGUCUUUUGGGAUAUGAACAGAAACAAGGGCCAAGGUGGGUGGAAUCCUACAGGCUGCCUUGCACAAGCAGAAUCAAAUGAAAACGAGACUGUCUGCUUAUGCAAUCAUCUCACACACUUCGGGGUGCUGAUGGACCUGCCAGGAACUGCUCUACAAAUAGAUACUGAAAACACCAAAGUCCUCACUUUUAUAACAUACAUUGGUUGUGGAAUUUCUGCCAUAUUUUCAGCUGCAACUCUUCUGACGUACAUUGCUUUUGAAAAACUGCGAAGAGAUUAUCCCUCCAAAAUCUUAAUGAAUUUAAGCACAGCCUUGCUUUGUCUCAACCUGGUCUUCCUCCUUGAUGGCUGGAUUGCAUCAUUUGAUGUAGAAGCCCUUUGCAUCGCUAUUGCUGCCCUGUUGCAUUAUUUCCUUCUGGCGACCUUUACGUGGAUGGGCUUGGAAGCUGUUCAUAUGUAUAUAGCUCUAGUAAAAGUAUUCAAUACCUACAUUCGCCGAUACAUACUCAAAUUUUGCAUCAUUGGGUGGGGCUUACCUGCGGUGGUUAUAAUAAUUGUUCUAGCAGUCACAAACACAAAUGCAAAUAGUAUUUACAACAAAGAUCUGUAUGGCAAAAAUACUAAGGGGCAAGGUGGAGAUGACUUCUGCUGGAUAAAGAACACUAGUGUGUUUUAUGUGACCUGUGUUGGCUACUUUGGAAUCAUGUUUCUCAUGAACAUUGCCAUGUUUGUUGUGGUGAUGAUGCAAAUCUGCGGGAGAAAUGGAAAGCGAAGCAAUCGGACUAUGCGGGAAGAGAUUCUGAGGAACCUCCGUAGUGUUGUUAGCUUGACCUUCCUACUAGGCAUGACCUGGGGCUUCGCUUUCUUUGCCUGGGGGCCAUUAUAUCUGCCCUUCGUGUACCUCUUCUGUAUUUUCAACUCCUUGCAAGGGUUAUUUAUAUUUAUAUUCCAUUGUGCCAUGAAAGAAAACGUCCAGAAACAGUGGAGACGGCAUCUCUGUUGUGGUAGAUUCAGGCUUGCAGACAACUCAGACUGGAGUAAAACAGCAACUAAUAUAAUUAAGAAGAGCUCCGACAAUCUGGGGAAGUCCUUAUCUUCCAGUUCCAUUGGCUCUAACUCAACUUACCUGACUUCUAAAUCAAAAUCUACAUCCAAUACGUACCUUCAAAGAAGCAGCCAUUCUGACAAUGUUUUUCUUGACAAGCAUUCACCAAAAUAUGUCCAAGUGGACACAGAGCAGACAUCAAUCAUCCCGGUUCAUCAGGUUAUUGACAAAGUGAAGGGAUACUACAGUACUCACUCAGACAACUUCUACAAAAACAUCAUCAUGUCAGACUCCUUGAGCCACAGCACAAAGUUCUGAAUUUCUGGAACAACAAAAUUCAACAAAAAGCAUGAAGCUUAAGAAUGAAUAAGGACUUGAUUACAGAACAAGGAAAAAAUACCAAAGUCUUUAACCAGUUAUUGUUUGUCUACCAACUUCAGCGGGAAAAACAGUUGUCCUCAUUUAGGAAAUACAUCAUCUGAAUAAUGUCUUCACUUACACAAUAGUCGCGCUGACACUUCUGCAUCAGGACAUUUGUCAAACUUCUGUCUUUCCCCAGUGGCAUAUUAGUUAUAUGUUACUCCAUUUGUAUCUUUGCAAAAAUUAAGACCACCCUAAAACCCCCAAAUUCGUGACUUUUUAAAUUUGCCUUUAUUUAAACGGAAUAUAGAUAUAUAUUUUUAAUUCCUUCUCGGGUGUUCAGUGCAUCGUGUUCUAGAGAUCUUUUCCCUACAAGAAAGCCUAUUAUUGGUGAAUUAAUGAAUGCUUGUGCCUAAAGGCACAAGGCCAAACUAUUCAGAUAAGAUACCCUGAAUCUUGCUUGCAAAGUCUGGGCCAUAUUUAUAGCUUUGUGAAUGGCAAAAGUGGGGAAGUGCUUCUUUGCCUUUAGAGGUGCUUAAUGAAGAAUUUUGCUAACUUGAAAGUUUGCAUAGUCCUGGACCAAAAGGAAUUUGGUCCAACAAUAGAUGACCUUUCCUAAUCUAUUAUCAAAUGAGAAGGUUUGCAUACCACGCAGAACACUAAAUGUAAAUUUUUAUUGUUACUACAGUGGAUGAAAAUGUAACAUUUUCACAUAGUUUGCCUUAAUCUACGAGCUCCUUAUAUACAUGAGAACUCCUGGUUGGAAAAUGAAUGGACACUUUCCCAAAUGAUUCCAACAUUAAGAGAACCUCAGUGCUAUCCCAUGGCCUACUGAAGUAAUAGAGCUGUAGAGAUAGGGCAACUCUCUGUGCACAGCAGAGUAUUGGAAGAUACGGUUGUUAAUCUGUUCACAUUUACACAUUUUACUCAUGGAAUGUAAAAGAUGGAUUGCACAUGAGCAUACUUUGUGUGCACUAAGGUGUAUCAAUCCACCAACACAGUUGAGGUGAUCUCAUUCAUGUUUUUUAUUUCAUUAUUUCCUUCCACCAAAGCACUCAAACCAUCUUCCUGAUCAACACUACCAUUCACAUUUUUACUUCCCCACGUUUUUAUAAAGUGCUUUGAAUUACAACUCAUGGCUGUAACAAUCAUGCUUAGAUCCACUGGAAUCAGUAUGCUUAAUUCUUGGAAAUUAUCUAGUAAUAUUCACUGUAAGUAUAUACAUUACAUUUAUCAUUUCGAAAAAAUUUGGGGUUAAAAAAAGGAACUAGCCAAAUGCAACAAAAAUUAGAGGAAACCCCCCAAAUGUUAUCACUGUUCAGCACAAGUACAGGUUGACUCCUUCAGGUAAGUUUGUAUAGGAUCGCAGUUCCUCCAAGUGGCUAAUCAUAGAUUUCCCCUCAUAUUAUAUGCUGCUAUUAUUCCUAGGUAUGGAGUACAAUAGCAAUUUGAGUGCUUACCCUUAAUAUCAUUUCAAAUAUUGUAUGGUUAAUUACAACACUUUUCUACUGCAUCACAUAUAUUUAAGAAUUAGAAUUUUGUUACAAGGAAGUCACUUGAAUUGGAAACUGCUUAGGUCCCAUUUAGAAUUAAACAGCUAAGACAAGUGUUUCACCUCAAAAUAUGAACGAAAUAAUUCCUGAUGACAAUAAUCUAAUGGGGUUGAAUGGCUUCUCCAUGGAGAAGAAAAAUUUGUAUCUGAGCAUUGGCCAAAUUUGUAUAUGAUUAUCUCCCUUUCUUAAUGGCUUCCAGAAAGUAGCUUUAGUGUGAGAUUUCUUUUAGAUAAUUUUUUUAAGGGAAAAAUAAGAGAAUAGAAAUGCUUGUGAAUUAAAAUUAAUAAAAUACCCUAGUUCAAUAAGAUGAAACAGUAGAAUUUUCCUGAGUCCUAGGUAUUGUCUGACCAACAGAUUAAUGUAUGGUUUUGCCUAUAUUUUCACUAAAUUAAGCAUAUCCUUUGCUUUUACUACCAUGUAGUAAUCUUAAACUGUCUUAUUUCACUUAUACAUUUUCAAAUACUGUUUAUUUUUCCAUUGUAAAUCUUUGUUUAUCUUGUUGACAAAGCACCACCUCUCUUGUAUAUAAUUAUUUAUUUUUGAGGUUUUAAAAUAUGUCAGCAUAGUGUUAGCUGCAUACUGGCUUUGUCUGUGAUUAUAUGCAACUGUUAAAUGCAUCUUUCCACAAGAGAGGGAGGAAAAAAAUCAUCUCAAAUAUGCAUAUAUAUGUAUUAUAUUUUCUACAUGAAAAGUAUAUUGUGUAUGAUAUUGCUAGCAGUUUGAGGGAAGCAGUGGUGUAACUUCAAAUACUAGUCAUUAAGCACUAGUGAGGUGGAUUUAAAGUCUGGCCAAAAGCAGAAAUACUUUUUAAAGCAUUCCAUUUGUUAGUACUCCAAAUAAUUAAAAAAAUUUUAAAGCUG